GGCUCUAAAAGCAAAUUCUUGUCACAACGCCGCCACUAUUAUAGCGCCAUUCACAGCAGUAGCUACCUAAUUCGGGGUUUUAUGACUUCAUGCAACGAGAUUCAUCCCAUGACCAGUUUCUCAUUCACGAAAUCGAUUUCAUGUCAUUCACUUACCACUCUUAUGGUUGAGGAUUUCCUGUCACCCUUUUCCCACUCUGACGGAACUGAAGACAGCUUUGGCGUGGGAGAGGUUUCGACGCGCGAUUUCGAUCAGGUCCUGAGUACCGGUAGUUUUGAGGCUUCCAACGAUAGAUGCGACUUUCAAUUCUAUGAAGACCUUGAGAGCGACGACGUUUGGGGUAAAUCUGGCCCCCUAGCUUGCGACAGCAGGGGUUCUGGGGCCGUCCCUGAUGGCAGCAAGUUCUUCAACUUCUUCUGA